AUGGCGGGGGCGCCGCGCGGCCGAGGCGGCGGCGGAGGCGGAGGCGGAGGCGGCGCGGGCGAGUCUGGGGGCGCCGAGCGGGCGGCAGGGCCGGCUGGCCGGCGCGGGCUGCGGGCGUGCGAAGAGGAGUUCGCGUGCCCCGAGCUGGAGGCGCUGUUCCGCGGCUACACGCUGCGGCUGGAGCAGGCGGCCACGCUGAAGGCACUGGCGGUGCUCAGCCUGCUGGCGGGCGCGCUGGCUGUGGCCGAGCUGCUGGGCGCGCCUGGGCCCGCGCCCGGCCUGGCCAAGGGCUCGCACCCCGUGCACUGCGUGCUCUUCUUGGCGCUGCUCGUGGUCACCAACGUCCGCUCGCUGCAGGUGCCCCAGCUGCAGCAGGUCGGCCAGCUGGCGCUGCUUUUCAGCCUCACCUUCGCGCUGCUCUGCUGUCCCUUCGCGCUCGGCGGCCCCGCCGGGGCCCACGCCGGGGUGGCAGCGGUGCCGGCGGCAGCCGAGCAGGGCGUCUGGCAGCUUCUUUUGGUCACCUUCGUGUCCUAUGCCCUGCUGCCCGUGCGCAGCCUGCUGGCCAUCGGUUUUGGGCUCGUGGUGGCCGCCUCGCACUUGCUGGUCACGGCUACCCUGGUCCCCGCCAAGCGCCCACGUCUCUGGAGGACGCUCGGUGCCAACGCCCUGCUCUUCCUGAGCGUGAACAUGUACGGGGUCUUUGUGAGGCUCCUGGCCGAGCGCUCCCAGAGGAAGGCCUUCCUGCAGGCCCGGAACUGCAUCGAGGACCGGCUGCGGCUGGAGGAUGAGAACGAGAAGCAGGAGCGGCUGCUCAUGAGUCUCCUGCCCCGGAAUGUUGCCAUGGAGAUGAAGGAAGACUUCCUGAAGCCCCCCGAGAGGAUUUUCCACAAGAUUUACAUUCAGCGGCAUGACAAUGUGAGCAUCCUCUUUGCAGACAUCGUGGGCUUCACGGGCUUGGCGUCGCAGUGCACGGCCCAGGAGCUGGUGAAACUCCUCAACGAGCUCUUCGGCAAGUUUGAUGAACUAGCCACGGAGAACCACUGCCGCCGCAUCAAGAUCCUGGGAGACUGCUACUACUGCGUGUCGGGCCUCACUCAGCCCAAGACCGACCACGCCCACUGCUGCGUGGAGAUGGGCCUGGACAUGAUCGACACCAUCACGUCCGUGGCUGAGGCCACUGAGGUGGAUCUGAACAUGCGUGUGGGGCUGCACACCGGGAGGGUCCUCUGUGGGGUCCUGGGCCUGCGCAAGUGGCAGUACGACGUGUGGUCCAACGACGUGACCCUGGCCAACGUCAUGGAAGCCGCCGGGCUGCCUGGGAAGGUUCACAUCACCAAGAGCACCCUGGCGUGUCUGAACGGGGACUACGAGGUGGAGCCCGGCCACGGCCACGAGAGGAACAGUUUUCUGAAAACUCACAACAUCGAGACUUUUUUCAUCGUGCCCUCCCAUCGGCGAAAGAUAUUUCCGGGGCUGAUUCUCUCAGACAUAAAACCAGCCAAGAGGAUGAAGUUCAAGACCGUGUGCUACCUGCUGGUGCAGCUGAUGCACUGCCGGAAGAUGUUCAAGGCGGAGAUCCCUUUCUCCAACGUCAUGACCUGCGAGGACGACGACAAGCGGAGGGCGCUGAGAACAGCCUCGGAGAAACUCAGAAACCGCUCGUCUUUCUCCACCAAUGUCGUCCACGCCACCCCCGGGACACGCGUCAACAGGUACAUCGGCCGCCUCCUGGAAGCCCGCCAGAUGGAGCUGGAGAUGGCAGACCUGCACUUCUUCACCCUCAAGUACAAGCAGGCUGAGCGAGAGCGGAAGUACCACCAGCUGCAGGACGAGUAUUUCACCAGCGCCGUGGUUCUGGCCCUCAUCCUGGCCGCCUUAUUCGGCCUUGUCUACCUUCUAAUCAUCCCGCAGAGCGUGGCUGUCCUGCUCCUGCUGGUGUUCUGCGUCUGCUUCCUGGUAGCCUGUGUCCUGUAUCUACACAUCACCCGUGUCCAGUGUUUUCCAGGGUGCCUGACGAUCCAGAUCCGCACAGUCUUAUGUAUCUUCAUAGUGGUCCUGAUCUACUCCGUGGCCCAAGGAUGCGUGGUGGGCUGCCUGCCUUGGACCUGGAGCUCCAGCCCCAACGGGUCCCUGGUGGUCCUGUCAUCGGGGGGCCGGGCCCCCAUGCUGCCCGCCCCGCCCUGCGAGUCUGCGCCGCACGCCCUGCUCUGCGGCCUCGUGGGCACCCUCCCGCUGGUCACGUUCCUGCGCGUCUCCUCCCUGCCGAAAAUGAUCCUGCUUGCCGUGCUCACCACGUCCUACAUCCUGGUCCUGGAGCUCAGCGGGUACACGAAGGCCGUGGGGGGCGGCGCCGUCUCUGGGCGCAGCUUCGAGCCCAUCUUGGCCAUCCUGCUGUUCUCAUGUGCGCUGGCCUUGCACGCCCGGCAGGUGGAUAUCAAGCUGCGGCUGGACUACCUCUGGGCAGCUCAGGCCGAGGAGGAGCGGGACGACAUGGAGAGGGUGAAGCUGGACAACAAGAGGAUCCUUUUCAACCUCCUGCCGGCCCACGUGGCCCAGCACUUCCUCAUGUCCAACCCCCGCAACAUGGACCUGUACUACCAGUCCUACUCGCAGGUGGGGGUCAUGUUUGCCUCCAUCCCCAACUUCAACGACUUCUACAUCGAGCUGGACGGUAACAACAUGGGGGUGGAGUGCCUGCGCCUCCUCAACGAGAUCAUUGCCGACUUCGACGAGCUCAUGGACAAGGACUUUUACAAGGACCUGGAGAAGAUCAAGACCAUCGGAAGCACCUACAUGGCUGCUGUGGGGCUGGCGCCCACGGCCGGGGCCAAGGCUAAGAAAUGCAUCUCCUCCCAUCUCAGCACGUUGGCGGACUUUGCCAUUGAGAUGUUUGAUGUCUUGGAUGAGAUCAACUACCAGUCUUACAACGACUUCGUGCUCCGUGUGGGCAUUAACGUUGGCCCCGUGGUGGCCGGGGUGAUCGGGGCCCGCAGGCCGCAGUACGACAUUUGGGGAAACACCGUCAACGUGGCCAGUCGGAUGGACAGCACCGGCGUCCAGGGCAGAAUCCAGGUGACCGAGGAAGUUCACCGGCUGCUGCGACGGGGCACGUACCGUUUUGUGUGCCGAGGCAAAGUCAGCGUCAAGGGCAAGGGUGAGAUGCUGACAUACUUCCUGGAAGGCAGGACCGAUGGAAACGGCUCCCAAGCUAGGUCCCUGAACUCAGAGCGGAAAAUGUGUCCCUACGGAAGAGCCGGCCUCCAGGCCAGACCGGCCACGGGCCACCCCCCAGUGCCCCCAGCAGCCGGCCUCCCCGUCAGAGCCGGGCUGGGGGCUGUGCAGGGCACGGGGGUCGUCCCCUGCCCCCCAGGCCAGCACCUGCCCCCCAGAGUGGCUGGGAAGGAGGCUUAGCGGAGCUCCCAUGGGCCACUGGGGGCACAAGGCAUGAAUGCUUGGGGUGUGGGGGGCCCUGGGGAGCUCCCCCAGGGACCAGCCCCACCAGCAGAGCAGGGCCGGGAGCCAGUGGCCAGGCUAGGGAAGGGGCACUGUCCAAGCAUGGGCCAAAGCCUUUGGCAGUGACUCGGGUGAGGGGAGAACCUAAUUGUGUGGAUGCCGAGGCUUUCACGGCGACUCUGCUUGCUCCCGCCUCUCCUGGGCGGCAGAAGGAGGCUGCCUGGGUCAGCAUCAGGAGGCCGGACCUUCAGGACAUCUGCCAGGGCUGCAGGCUACAGCAAGAGCCCUGGAAUCUGGCUGGCAGAGGGACCGGGGCACCCCCCCUCGAGUGUGCCCUAAGACGGAUUGGCGUCAGCCCAGCAGGGGUCCUGUGGAGGCGGCUCCAGCUCUGGGCAGUGGCCUGUGGAGCUGGAGUGGGAGUCAGGACUCUCUCGGCAGGGCCAGAGCUGGACAGGCCUUAGACAGACAGUUUGGGAAGAAUUGAGACGCUCCUGUUCCAUAGCAGGGAUGAUGGUGGCCACUGGCUUUCUUCAAGACUGUUUUUUCGCUAAGAGCCAGAGGCAGGUCUUCUGGAAUUCUUGGAGGCUCUGCAGCCACAUCUCUGAACCAGCAUAGAUCCUUUUCUGCCUGUGUGUCCUCCACCUGCCCCACCCGAGGGUAUCGGCUCCGUGAAACCUGGACAUUCCCUUUUCUGCCCAAGUCACUGUGUUUGUUCAAAGCAGAGACGGCAGUUGCUGUUAUUUCUCACCUCUCUGCUGUGGCAUCUUGGGUUCUUGAACAACAGUGCAAGGCUUGGUUGAUUUUGAAGACCAGGGAACCUCACAGCGUGAGAAGCUUCCUGGAUGAAAGGUGUUUCUCUGGCAGAGCCGGUCCCCUGGACAUGGAAUCUUGGUGUUAGUUUCUGGCUAUAAGACAGAUGUCCCUGCUCCAGUUUGCAGGGAAAGUGACUGCAAGUCAUUCUGUACAAGUCUGGGUAUCUCCUGCCUGUGCUUCUCCGUGGUCGCCAUGGCGAUGAAGGGUGAGACUGGGAUGAGCUGUUGGCGGGCAGGGGUCCGGGAGGGCCAGUGGGAGAGGACUGGCCAGACAUAGCUGGACGUGGAGACCUCAGCUCUUGACUCCAGGAAGGAGAGCAGCUUGAAACUGGAAGGAAGGUUCUGGAUGGGCCAGUCAGUAGGGGGAUGCUGUCCCCAGACCCACAGGUCCCACAGCAGCUGAUUGCGGGGUGCCUAGGGUUGCAGGGGAUCUGCUCUGUCGAGCCAGAGCCCUGGGGGUCCCAGGUGUCACUGCUCCUCAAGGGCUCCCCCCACCCCCCGCCACUGAGGGUCCUGAUUUUUCAGGAUUAGAACAGGGGCUCACUCUGGACUGAGCCCCAUGGGAGUGGCUGGCGGUGUCCCCGGGGCCACCCCUAGUGUGGGUGUGUGACUUGUUGCUGUGUGUGUACAGCCAGCAGAGUUGGCCACCUGGCUGUGUGUGGACAGGCCAGUGAUGGAGUUGGGCAGGUGGACUGUGUCUUUCCUCUGACGGGCCCUGAAUGAGCAGCCGAAUUGCCCUUCUCCCUUAUAGACGGGGAGCCAUUCCCUCCGGGGAAGGAAACUGGGUCAUCUCCAGCGCCCAGUGGACAGGUGGCCCGUGCAGGUGCCCAUGUCUGUGCCCACCUGCUCCUGGGGGCUGAGACCCGGGCCAGGGCCUUGCCGCCCCGCCUGCUUGUCACGGCCGAGCUUCCACCCCAGGGCGGAGCAGGAGGGGGUGGACAGCGCGGUGGCCCACGACCCUGUGAACAUGCUGUGUCACAUGGAUGCUGUGUCACACGGCCAGGGCAGCUCUGCUGGGGCCAGUCAGGGCCGGGGCUGUGAGCUGGGGACUGGAUUCUGGGCCAGCUAUGUGGGCUCAGUGUGACCACGUGGCCCCUUAGAAGUGGACGGGGCAGGCAGGGCCUUCAGGAAGAUUCAAAGCACGAAGUUGCUGUUUAAAGAUGAGGGGCUGCGGCCGGUGGAAGGGAGGACGCCCUAACCAUCAGCCAGCGAGGCGGCGGGUCGCCACUCCCACGGCCACGGGCGCUGAAUUCACACCAACCAGAGCCGGAUGGACCUGAGCCCUGGGGUGAGAGCCCAGCCCCGCCGUGCUCGGGUCCACAGAGCCACGGGACCCUCCGUGUGCGCUGGCAAAGCCGUGGGACAUGUGGCCCGCUGUCCCCGUGGCCGCGGGAAGCCAUCGGGGCCUCAGCUGCUCUGAGACGGCGGCGAGGCCUCCCCUUUGACAAGCAGCACCUCUUCCAUCAUCAGCAGUUCCAAACCCUACCUGCUUCCUGUGGGCACAGGGGCCCGUCAGCCAUAGCGUUCCUUGGGGUUUGGCCAACGACGUCCUUUUUAUUUGUGAUAAGACUGUAUGAUAUUUGCCUUAUUUAUUUUUAACCGUGUACAAUAUUCGUGUACAAAUGUUAGAGCCUUCCGCGUAGAAUUCUCUCUAAAUUCUUUAUUUUAAGAUGCUGUGUAAAUAGCGCACCGGUUACAGGGGCUGCCCUUCCCUUCUGACCAAAGGAAGGUGAGCCCGACACGCCGUGUGAACAGCUCACAUCAGCUGAUGUGUGAGCUUCCAGAUGCAUCACGCCCUGCCUGGCGGGGCUGCACCCCUCUGGAAUGACCCUGUCCGUGUGUCCCCUUCCGACCCUCGCACGCCUUUUGGACCCAACCUCAGUAGAUUCGCACGCAGCCCCGAAUGUCCCCGUGAUUCCGUGGCCCCUGCCCUGGGCUGGUCGGCUCCGGGGUCUCUAGGACCCCGCUCCCCAGACCCGGGCCCCUGACCCCCACCCCGAGCCUGCCGUGUUUAUCAGACUCCAAAGCCACCGGGGCUUCCGAUACCUUCUAUCAUUAGAAGCAAUAACACUAACUAAACUGUAGAGGCAGGUCUGGUCCAAAGCAGACAAGCCAGGUGUCCAAGUUUCCCCAAAUUGAAGGGCACCGGGGGGGGGCGCUGACACCCUCAUCCCUGGCGGAUGUGCAGGCUGAGGCAGGAUCCAGCCAGCCUCCGAGACGCCGUGCUUUGUCUCCACCUGGUAGGAACACUGCAUUGUCGUCCCAGCAGUGACCUUGAUGUCCUCCCCGUCGCUGCUUUGACCGCCACUUGGGAAGGAAGGGCUGGCUUGGCCGAUCGGCUGUGCGGCUAGGUUUCCUCCCGGCAGUGGACCCCCGUCUGGGCCCUUCCCCGCGGCAGGCACUGGGACCUCACGUGGCAGGCCCUGCCCGUGUGCCCACGGCCCAGGAAAUGCAAGUUCAUGUGACCUGCCCCGAGCAGUGCUCUUACGGGAGGGUCACAGCUCUGCAGUCACGCUUGCCACUCUGAAGGCUGCAGACCCGUUGGUUGUGUGUAACUCGCCCUCCAGAACCUGACUUGCCCCUGGUUUUAUAACGGCGUCAAUGAAAAAAACGACAACAAAACAAGGCCCCCAAAUCCUAACGCCAUAGAGGCAGCUGGUUUCAAAACACUUGGCUUGGUGAAAUAAAUGAGAGGUGAGCUGUGGCCCGUGGCAGCUGGAAGACAGGGCAGUGUCCCUGGGCCCUGACCUCCGGCCUCCCCAGCUGCCGUUUGCUUUGCAAGUUGGCAGUCUGUGCUCGCUGUCCCUCGUGUCGCCGGAUACCCCUGGUUCUGUUGUGGAUGCUGGAAGGCGGGACGUUUCUUCCUGUGGUGUCUUGAAUUUGCAUCUGUCUACACUAGACUUUAGGCUGGGGCUUGGUCUAAAUCAGAUUCAAGGUCUUCUGGGGGCUGCCAGGCCCAGAGCUCAGCAGGCAGGGCCCGGGGGCCCAGGCCUGAGGGUUGGGAGGCCUCCAAAUUGAGUCUGGGGGGCAACAAAGAGAUAGAUAUUACCCACGGAACUCCUGUUAGACGCAGUACCCCUUGUCCCAUGACGUGUGUCCUGAGACAGGGCCAGGCUAGACACCCACUGCCCUGGCCGGGUGCGGGAUGGAGCUGUUAGGUCUUUCUAGGGUGGAUUCGGGACCUUGAGGGUGGUCCCGUCUGAGGCCUGGGGGGGUGGCCUCCCCAGGGAUGCUGACAGCCAGUGGUCCCCCACCCUCCGGUCCUGCACAGUGAGAUGGGCAUCCCCGAUUCUGUGUGCACUGAUGGCCGGGAGCCAAAGGCAGGCCCCGGGCGCAGGAGACGGUGGGCGGAAGCCGCUGAAUGCAGGAGCACAGGAGAGUGGGCCCGGGGGGUCUUGGGGCAGGGGUGGGUGUCAAAGCAGGUUGGCAGUCAAAGCAGCCAUGGGCCCCAGCGGCUGGAACCCGACGUAGAUCUUCCCUCAGGUCAGAGGCCGUGUGGGCACAGCCCAGGCAGAGGGUACACAGGGGAGCUCCUGGGGAUCGUCACCCCGGGAAGCCACGGGAUGCUUUGGAAAUGAUUCGGGAAGUUUCCUUUGUCUCCCACUCGUGCUUAUGCGGACUAGAGGCAGGUCCUGUGAUGGUGAGGAAAUCUGUCCUCUCCCCCUUCCAUCUCACAAAGUUAGCAAACCCAAUUUCCGGCCCCGUCUGGGGCCUAGACCUCCUAGACCUUCCUAAACAAUCGGACUCCCCGUCACGACUCAGACUCUCGUCUUCCUUAAUAUCCCUGAAAAGAUGUCUGUUCCCGAAGAUAAAAUAUAAUUAUUCUGCCAGAGGGGCCAUGAUUAAUCUGAAUCGGGGUAUAUGUGUGUGUGUGUGUGUGUGUGCACGCACGCGUGCGCGUGGUUUAAGCAAAAUUAAAAUCAAUUAUUUGUUCCUGGGAUUAGGGUCGAUUCAUAUUGGGAAUAAAUUAACUGGGCAGAGAUGACUGCCCCCCAGGGCAUUGGGUGAGACCGUCCCUGAUGCCCUGACUCUGUUUCCCCCAGAAAUCUUGACCUUGGAGGGAGGAGGUGGGGGUAGGGGCAGGGCAGCAGCUACCCAGCAGCGGCGGGACACAGAGGUGGCCUGGCCCCCACUGGGUCCAUGUGGUGUUUGGGCCUCUGGCUCCAGCGGCUACUGGGGAGUAAGAAAGUCUCUUUUCCGUCUUCUUUUCUUCUCUUCCUCCCCUCCCCCCCCCCGCCUUCCUCGAAUCUCUGCAGUCUCAGUACUGAAGUCCCGAGUAAGAAAGUCUCUUUUCCGUCUUCUUUUCCUUCUCUUCCUUCCUCGAAUCUCUGCAGUCUCAGUACUGAAGUCCCGGGUGGCUAUCGGCACCGAACUGGCCCCAUUUUGAGUAGCUCGCGUGGUGGUUUUGUGGUUGGGUUUGGGUUUGGGUACACGGAGGCCUGUGGGGAGAGCUGCAGGUGGGUGUGGGUGCAGGGAUUCUGAAGGGAGGAGCCCACGGGCCCUCCAUCUCCCUCCCAGUUCCCUGGGGAGCCACUUGGUGGUCGGGGUUCAGUCUGCGCUGUGCGGUGUGAAGACAAAACAACAGACAGUGUCUUCCGGGGGGUGGUUCACAGCUGGCUGGAAAAAACACCUUGGGAGUCAGAAAACCGACCUGGGGCCGCCCCUGGCCUCUCGCUGUUACGGCUCUGUUUCUUCAGCCCCCCGGUGACAGUCCGUGUAGACACAGUUCUUCCUUCCUUUGUGAAACCCCUGGGUUCAGUAGUAGCUGAGACGCACAGGGGAGGCCUGUGGGGGCUUUGGUGAGCAGAUGACUCUGAUGGGCUUUGCCUGUGACCGCAAGGAGCGCCUUCCCGGCCUCGAGCCCGCUCUCCUCCAGACAGUCUGCAGAGGGAGGCCUGCUUACACGCCCCACGUUGUCCGUGAGGAAUCAGAGGCUCAGAGAGGUGACAGACUUGGACAAAGUUGCACAGCACUGAGCGCAGGACCAGGAGGCAUCCGGGUCCCAUCCAUCCCAAGCCCCUGGGUGUCCGUUCUCUUGGGCGCCUCGUAGCUAACCAUGAACUCAGUGAAGUGUUGGUGUUGAUGGAGCCCUUAGCCCGUGCAUGCACAAGUGGCGGGGGUGCCUGGCAGGUUGGUUCUGAGCAGCCAGGUGGGUCCUCAGGCCGGGGGCUUGCCCCACAGCCCAUCCAGGGAUGUGCCCAGGCACAAGGUCAUCCUCACCCAGGCCUCACGUGGCGAGAUGAGAACAGGGCAUGUGCUCGCGGCUGAGCCCUGCCUCUGCUUGAACAGCUGAUCCCCAGCAGAGACACAGUGGGGGCCCAAAGGAGCCCACCUCGCCCUGUCUUGUUACACUUUCUGUCCUGAAGCCAUGUCCGCAGUACCACCUGCCAUCGUGUCUUAGUAAACAGCCUCUCCCUCGGCCAGGAGCACAGUCGUCCUGUCUCUUCCUGUAAGGCCUCUCUGACAUCAGCCAGGGGGAGAGCCAGGCCCCCUGGAACCCCCAAGCUGCACACGCCUCUCCCCUCACAAGGAGCCAAGCCAGCCCCCAACUCCUGGCCAGAGCCGGCCAAUGUCCUCAUCACGUGGUGUAGUGUCCCUUCCUGGGGACAGGAGGACACCCAGGGGCAGAUCUCACUGAGAAUGUGCAGAGGGUGUGGUGGGGAUCACGAUGAUGGGGAGAUGCCGACAGCCCCCGAGCCCAGGUGUCCCCUGCCCCUCCAGGAGCUGUGGUUCCGAGCAGCUCAUUUUCAGAAGGGUGGCGGUUCCGAAACCGAUGGCAGUCACUUACGGAGAAUCGACGUUUAAGCAGAGAGGAAUCCCUAGACUCACCCUGGGAGGUCUGGCCACCUCUUGGGCGUCAGAAGCGUGUGCCAGGCAGCGGGCAGGACCAGCAGUCAGAGGGCCGAGUCUGCGGGCCCUCACUCCCCGCCGCACGCACACGCGGUGGGCAGCGAGCCCGCUGGCCGCCAGAACCUGUUUCUUGCCUCCCACCAGCAACCCCCACGCCACCCUGGGCCCAGGCACAAAGCAUACGUCUCAGGGGACCACUCCCAUGUUCCGGGAGUCCCGAGGAAGCCUCCACGGCCUCUUGCACCUGCCCGUAGGGCGCUCCCCGGGCAUCAGCCCCAGAGAGGCUUGCAGUCCUGCCUUCCUCCCCGUUGGAAACUGCGGCCCCGCAAGCCACACGCACUCAGCAUCGCAUGCUGUGAGAUUCCCAAGUGUGUGAAACUUCGUUUGGAUUCCAACACAUGCAGCAUGUGCAAAGGGACAGGCCCAGGCCACCACGGGUCGUCUGCCGGCUGGCCGCAGAGCGUCCCGCCACGGCGGAUCCUGGACCCUGAGCCUUGCAUCUCCUGCACACCUGCAGAGCCCCCCCCCCAUCUCUCCUUCACACUGAUUGCACACCGCCUUGCACAAGCAGAGAUAAUGUAACAAUUACAACCAUCUCUCAUUUAAGGUAAACCCAAAGCCCCCGCUUGGACUUUCUUGAUUGUCUGAGAAGGGUUUGUGUGAACCCCUGUGUCCCUCCGUGUCCCGCCCGGGAGCACAGAGUGGGCCUGGGUGACACGUUCUCCCAUCAGUAGACCUUGCUGAGAAUGCUUCUUUAGACGCGGAAACCAGAUGUCUGUUCCAGAAGGACACCAACUCAAUAUCACUGGGGAACCUCUCGUGAUAGAUUUGUAUAAUCAAUACGGGUCUAUUUUUACGUCAACUGAACACUGUAGAGCACCUUCCAGUCUUUUCCAAGAUUGUUAAAUUGAGACAAGUAAUUGAAUAAUUUGUCCUAUUUUUAUUUAAAAAGCAAAAACCAGUGAAUGGACUGAAAUGUUAAAUGUGAAUGUACAUUUCUUAAUUGCAACUUUUCUACUGAGUGUUUGCACUAUACUUUCUGGAAUCUUAUUUAACAAAAAUAAAGAAGAAAAAAUUGCUUGACUAAG